CUUAAUUUCAUUCUCUUUAACACUGGGCCGGUCCACUUCGCUUCACAUCGUGGCUGCUUCUUCACACCCGCACCGCGUGAGGACGGCGAGAUGGCGGCGACCCUCGGCGGCGGCCACACCUCGCCGGCGGCGACACCACCGCUGGAAGACAGAGAUCUCCUCACUGACGUACUCCUCCGCCUCACCCCGCAGCCCUCAUCCCUCCCGCGCGCCUCGCUCGUCUGCGGACGCUGGCGCCGCCUCGUCUCCGACCCGCGAUUCGGCCGCCGAUUCCGCCUCCGCCACCGCCGCAACCCUCCCCUCCUCGGCUUCUUCGACAUGGGCACUCGCGGCCUCUACUUUGUGCCUACGCUGGAGAGUCCCGACCGUGUCCCGCCCGGGCGCUUCUCCUUGCAGUUGGACGACGGGGACGAGGCCGUGCCCCUUGGAUCCCGACACGGCCUCGUGCUCCUCUUCAACGUAUCUCGGAAACAGAUCCUGGUGUGGGAUCCCGUCACCAACGACCAGCACCGCGUCGCCCUUCCCCCGAGGUUCACGGGACAUGUGAACAUGACUGUGAUCCACGGGGCGGUGCUUCGUGCCGCCCGAGACGUCCAGCACUUUCAGGUGGUCUUGCUAGUGGUGGACAAUGACGACGACAUACACCACAUACGAGCGCUGGCCUGCGUCUACUCGUCGGAGACCGGCGUUUUGGGGUGACGUCAUCUCGGCACCGCU